AUGGUGUCCCUACGAUCUCUUGUGUACCUUGGCGCGGUGCUCACCGCGGUCAAUGCCCAAGGUGACCCGAGAAACCUUGAGCCUGACCUCUACUAUCCACGGCAGCCAGACAGUCUCUACAGCUACCCGAGCCGGAAUGUCACUGGUAGAGGUGGUUGGGAUGCCGCUACAGCAAAGGCCAAGCGCUUCGUGGACCGUCUGACGAUCGAAGAGAAGGUGACUAUUUGCACUGGCACUGGCUUUCCAAAUGAGCCUGGUGUCGCUAAUCGGAACUGCCAAGGAAACAUCAAUUCCAUCCCUCGAGUCAAUUUCACUGGUUUGUGCUACAUAGACAGUGAUACUGGCAUCGGCAACGGUCACAGCUACGGCACGGGAUUCCCACCUGGUGUGACGGCCGCGUCUACGUGGAACCGUGAGCUUAUGCGUGCUCGUGGCUUCGCCAUCGCGGAGGAGUUCAAGGUCAAAGGCGUCCAUGCCGUGCUAGGUCCGGUAUUGGCACUCUCUCGCACUGUGAGUGGUGGCACCAAUUUUGAGGGCUUCGGAGCCGACCCGUACCUCAUCGGUGUUGCGGGUUACGAGACGGUCCACGGCCACCAGGGGGCGGGCGUGCAGGCUGAGGUCAAGCAGUAUCUCGGGUACGACGGCCAGCAGUACAACCGAACCUAUUAUUCGAGCAACAUGGACAGUAAGACGCUACACGAGAUUGAGGUCUGGGCGUAUGCUGAGGCUCUGCGUGCGAAUCCGGCGUGUGUCAUGACGAGCUACCCCUAUGUCAACAAUUCCCAGGCAUCCCAAAACUCAUACCUGAUGAAUGAUGUCCUCAAGACGCACCUCGGCUUUCAAGGGUAUACACAGAGUGACUGGUUUGCCCUCAAGUCCGGCGUUGCCGCCAUCAUGGGCGGCAUGGACCAGGAUAUGCCCGGCGUCGCUGUCGCUGGUGGCUGGUCCUUCUUCGGCGCCAAUUAUACGGCCGCCGUUCACAACGGCUCUGUUCCCGAGUGGCGUCUGACGGAUGCCGCCGUCCGUAUCCUAACGCCGUACUUCUUCUUGGGGCAGGACCGGGGCUACCCCAAGGUCAACCUCGAGGACGAUCCCCGCAAGGCCAUCUCUGACGCCCAGCGUCAGAGACACAGGACGGUGGCUCGAGAGGUCGCCGCCGCCGGCACCGUCCUGCUCAAGAACACACCGGGUAAGAUGGGCCUCCCGCUGUGGAAGCCCACUACCAUUGCCCUGUUCGGCCCGGCUGCCGGCCAGAAUCCGUACGGUCCCAACCAGUACGGCUACGGCUCCAUGGCAGAUCCGUACGAGGUGACUUUGGCCGAGACAUAUGGUAUGAGCGAGCUCACUAUCGGCUUCACCAAAGGCACACUUGCCGAGGGUGGUGGCUCUGGAACCACGUUUUACCCUCGCUUGGUUGAUCCCAUCAGCGCCAUCCAGCAGCGAGCCGCCGAGGAUCUGACCCUUGUGGAUUGGUCCACCACGACGAAUCUGACCUUUGCUGCCGCCAUUGCGAAGCGCGGGACCGUCUGCAUUCCCGUCGUCUCUUCGUUCUCCGGCGAGGGCACCGACCGGACGUUGAAACUGCUACACAACGGCGACGAGCUGAUCAAGGCCGUGGCUGACAACUGCGACAACACCAUCCCUAUUAUCCAGUCUGUCGGUCCUGUCGAUAUGGAGGCCUGGGUCGAGCACCCCAACAUCACCGCCAUCGUUUGGGCCAACCUCGGCGGGCAAGAGCUUGGUCCUGCUCUUGUUGACAUUCUGUAUGGGAAUGUCAACCCGUCGGGCAGGCUCGUCUACACCAUCGCCCGCAACAUCUCAGACUAUGCUCAGAGCCACAUCGUCAAGGAGCCACAGCCGUAUCCGCAGAUCAAUUACACUGAGGGUGUGUCUGUGGACUACCGUGGCUUCGAGAAGGACGGCAAGACCCCACGCUUCUGGUUCGGCCAUGGGCUAUCGUACUCCAGCUUUAGCUACAGUGACCUUGAGGUUAACAAGCAGGCCGACCUCGACGAAGCCAUCAAGACGCCCCUCAAUUACGUUGGAGACGCGUCCGGCGGCGACUCUAGGAUGUACGAUGUGGCCGUAGUCAUCUCUUUCAGCAUCUACAACAACGGCCCAUACGACGGGACGGAGAUUCCGCAGCUCUACCUUCAGUUGCCUGAUGAGGCUGAGAACCCGACCAAGAUCUUGCGCGGCUUCGAUAACGUUCGAAUCCGCGACGGCGAGACUCAGAAGGUGUAUCUCUACCUGACUCGUAAGGAUAUCAGCUACUGGAACAAUAUCCAGCAGAACUGGGUCACGCCUACCGGGAAGUUUGGAGUGCACGUUGGUGCCUCCUCCAACGAUAUCCGCCUGGACGGAACUUUUACCCUAUAG